CUCUAUGGUUUGAUUAAUAAAUUAUCAUUCUAAACUCCAAGAGCCAUUUUGGCCUUUGGUAUUGAUAAACAAUGUUUGAUUCAUUGGCUUUAAGACUCUACUUUCCAUCAUUUAUAAAUAAACUCUUCAACAUGUGCUCAUACUCACACUUGCACCUUCAGUAGUCACAAGAUAACCCUAAACAAUUCUCUUCACAACCAUGUCUCAAUUCCAUCACUUGCAGAGCCUCAAAUUCAAGCUGAACUUACUAAACUUGAAAAACCUAGAAGUUUUCAAUCUUCCGGGAGGGCUAUUUAUUCGAUGCUACAUCAUCACUGGUGCUAGGAAGAAAAUAUGUAUCGACAGUCAAGUUCUGCCCUCCAUGACCUCACUGGAGUUCAAAGCAAGCUCGAAGAUGAUAACGGAAUUUCUAGAGAAGCAAAACAUCGUGUUCGAGCUUCGAUGCAGGAGACCGAAACUACCUAUGUUCAAGUGUUUAGCAAAGUCUAAUAAGCUCUUAGGGAGGGCUGAGGUUGCAUGGAAGGAUAUAAUGAGACAGGGUGGCUAUUCAAUGGAGAGAUGGAUUAGUUUUAUUGUUGCAUCUCAAGGUGUGUCAUUUGAUGUGAAGCCACCUGCUUUGCUUGUGAGGGUUGAUGCCUCAGUGAGUGAAAGUAAAGAAAGAGAGAUCGGAAGGAAUGAAGAAUGUGGUUGCAGAGAUUGUCAAUGGACUGCAAGUGAGGAGGACUUGUUUUAUGCAGCAGCAACAGCAUUGGAUGCAAUCUAGCAGUUAUUUUUUUCUUGUUUGAGAAUGUGUGUGUGUGUGUUUUUUUUUGUGGUGUGUCUCUUGGUUGAUAUAUAGUCAUGAUGAUGGGAUUUGUACUUGUUAUUAGAUUUCUUGAAUUUGUCCAAGAUUAUAUUAAUUUUGUUAAUCUAAAAAUAUUAACCCUUUCCCAUUAAGGACUCCAUGGCCCAAUGGAUAAGGCGCUGGUCUACGGAACCAGAGAUUCUGGGUUCGAUCCCCAGUGGAGUCGCUGCCUCCAUUAAAGCCUAU